ACGCCGGCUGCAGGGAGGCGGGUGGGCGCCGGGUAGGACGCGCCCUCGCCCUGGCCCGCCGGCCGCCCGGCGCCCUCGCCUCCCGCGCGGGGAGGCAGGGAGGGAGGCCCGGCACAGCUGCCAAGGGGCCAAGGGAUGAGCUGGGGCCCUCCUUCCCAAUGGCAUCUCCCCCUGGUCUGGAACUGAAGACACUGAGCAAUGGCCCCAAGUUCCCAAGGAGACCAGCUCCUCUGGGCCCGGUGGCCCCACCCAGGGAGGGUGUCGAGAAUGCCUGCUUCUCCUCAGAGGAGCAUGAGACCCAUUUCCAGAACCCUGGGGAUGCCAGACUCAGCAGCUCCCCCAGCCCCCCUGGGGCUGUCCCUGCACAGCCCCGAUCCCAGCGGGACGAUGUGUCCCUGCGUUCAGAAGAGGGGCCGGGCGUGGAGCCCGUGAGCCGCCCAGUGGAUUACGGCUUCGUUUCCGCUUUGGUUUUCCUGGUGAGUGGGAUCCUCCUGGUGGUGACAGCAUACGCCAUCCCCCGCGAGGCCCGCGUCAACCCGGACACAGUGACAGCGCGGGAGAUGGAACGACUGGAGAUGUACUACGCCCGCCUGGGCUCCCACCUGGACAAGUGCAUCAUCGCGGGCCUGGGGCUGCUCACGGUGGGCGGCAUGCUCUUGUCAGUGCUGCUGAUGGUCUCCCUGUGCAAGGGCGAGCUGUACCGCCGGCCCACCUUCGUCCCCGGCAGGGGCUCCAGGAAGACCUACGGCUCCAUUAACCUGCGCAUGAGACAGCUCAAUGGGGAUGGGGGCCAGGCCCUGGUGGAGAACGAAGUUGUCCAGGUCUCAGAGACCAGCCACAGCCUCCAGGGGUCUUAAGUAAGAGCCACCCUAUCUGGCUGCUUUAGCUCCAGGGCUACAAGGCCCCGAAGGCCUGGGGUUUCAGACUGAGCUCCACAGAGGGCCCUGUGGAAGGAGUCUUGGGUGCUGGAGGGGAGCCCGGGGCCUGGCCCAGGCUCCACUUGGGAGAGCGGCCCCCUGACCUGUUUUAUAGCCUGAGGUUUUGCAUAAGGUUUUGUUUGAAAGGAUGGC